AUGUUGAUGUUUUCGCUGGGACUUUUGACUGCGGCGGAGGAAAUAAACGCAGCCUCCGGUCGCAUGGUGAGCGAGGAUGUACCCGCCAAAGAAAUGAGAGAGGCAGAGCGGCACAUGUCUCUUAUUCAACAAUUUACUAUGACACGACGGCAGUUUUACGUGAAGGAGGCACGGGCGAUACGGCGGCAGCGGCAGUUGAGGGCAGCCGGCGCUGCGUAUUGGGAAUCUGCACUCCGUGACUUUGCCAAGGCGGAUCGAGUUAAAUUGUGCCUUACCAUACUGCAAUCUGGAGUGCCAGCAUCUCUGCGGCCAAAAACGUGGGUUAUGGCGCUUGGCGAUGCACUGAAAAUAAGUAGGGCAGACUUUGAAGCGGCGCAACAAAAAGCCCCGGGCCUCAUGGCGGGGGAGAAGGAGGGCUCACCAUAUGAUUUUUAUGCAUUCUCUUCUGUGACUAUCAGUCUCCGCGCCGCGGCUGUGGCUUCCACCGACUCUUCCCCCGCUAACACCGUUAGGAUUUCACUUGCGGAGUGGCGGUCACGGCUUAUUGAAGACCUGCAAAAGGGUCUGCCGCACUGUAUGCCGACGGAGGUGAUGCAGCGUGCCUCUCAACCGUCAACGAAGGAGGAGGGGCCCAACACUCCCGACGCGAAUUCUCUCAGAGCGAGGGGCACGGCCUUGGCGGAUCAGGCGACUCCUUUGCAGGAAUACCAUGUAGGCUGCUGCAGCGAUUCGGCUGUCGACACCAAACCUCCACUGCCGAUUUCAGAGCACCGAAGCAACGCACUGCUGGAAAUGUUUAGCAUGAAAAGGUUGGAAAAUGGAUCGGAUGGGACGACGGGAGCCAUUACUCCAGAUGCAUCUUACAAUAAUAGUACCAAGGAUGGUAAGGAUGAAGACGAGGACCAUGACGCAGCACGUAGCCCAACUCCGUUGGUUUCGGAUGCGAGAUCAUGGUUGCACAAAAGCGCACAAAAAUCCAUGGGGGUUUCUGUUGAUUCAUCUUUUUCUUUUCUUUAUCCAAACAUGGUAUUCCCUAUGCAUGCAGUAAAUGGUGAUGGAAACAAUUUAUUUUUGUCUUCUUUGCUCAAUGAGAAUGUUGUACGAAGAGUGGAUUCGUUGCUUCAAACAUACAUGGAGCUUCGGCCGGAGGUUGUAUAUGUAAAGGACAUGCCUUGUCUGGCGAUGAUGCUCUCUCUCGUCAUUGAAGAUCCAUGGGAGUUGUGUGUAUGUUUUACUAGCCUUCUGGAGUACGGUCAUUUGGUUCCUUUCAUCCGGUCAAGAAAAGAAGGCAUUACGGUGCACUUUAACAUAUUUGAUGCCGUGCUACGAAAGGCCCAUUCGGCCUUGUAUGGGCUCUUUCAAAAAUAUGAAGUGCCACUGGAUGUAUACUUGUUAGACUGGUGGACCACAGUUUUCUUGAGGACAUUGCCUGUUGCUGUUGCCUUGCGCGUUUGGGAUCUUUUCCUGUUGGACGAACAUUAUCUGUACCGCACCACCCUCGCGAUCCUUGUGUAUCGGUUUGGUCUGUACAACAGGCGUGCGCUGAGUUCUCUUCCGCAGUCUUAUUGCUCGCAAGAAGAUGUGUUGCGAACUCUAGACACAUCUUCUUCAGAUUUCUACAUGUCUCAGUCACUUUUCUGUCGUAUUUUAGCGAAUGAUAAAUUGUGUGGUAUUAGCAUGCGUUCUAUUCGCUCCAUCGCGAAGCGUGUGACAAGUAAUCGCCCCUCUCAUUAG